AAUUACAAAAACUACUUCCGUUUUGUUACCGGCGAAGACACGUCGACUUUUCUCUGUUUAUUUUACGAAUUUUGCGAAGAUAUGACGACUAGACAAAGGAAAGGAGAAAAAGAUAUUGUCAAAGAACCGACAAAACUUGAUAUAUUUCACAAAGCUCUCAAACCUGAGUCAAAAUGGACAGAUAAAGAUGAGUUUUUGGAUGUAAUCUACUGGUUCAGACAGAUCAUUGGUUUUGUCAUUGGUGUAGCAUGGGGUAUUUUUCCAUUCAAAGGAAUAAUUGCUAUCAUUGUAUUUUUCGCAAUAAAUGCUGGUGUAGUCCACAUCUAUUUUAGUUCAUUCCAAAAAGCUGAUGAAGAGGAAUACGGGGGCAUGGUGGAGAUAUUAAAAGAAGGAUUAAUGACAUCAUUUGCAUCGUUUUUGGUUUCAUGGAUUAUUUGUUAUUCAGCCUUACAUGGAGUAUGAUCUUAAAUCCUGUGGCCUGGAUAGAAAAAAACUUCAUUCAUUUGUCACCAAGCACAAGCAAUCAAAAGAUGCAGCAUCACGUAAUGUCGAAACUUACUGAAAAUAGAGAAAACGGAGAAUAACAAUGAUUUGGACUAAGGUUGCAGUGGUGCUUGAAGGACACUAAUACUUUCCGGGCAGGAGAAGGGGUCCACAAGAAUCAUGAAAAAAAGGAUUGCUGAAUUACCAGUACAAAAUUGGUAAACUUAGCAUUUUUGACUGCCCCUGUAAAAAGUUUACAAGUUCUAUGUGCAAUUACAAAAGGGAGAUGCACUGCAAAAGGGUGUUUGGUUUCAUCUUCAUGUCUCUUAUUGUAAAGACAGGCCGCUGAUAGAGGAUUUCAUUAAAGGGAACUGACAUCACCCAGCCAGUUUGUAUGACCUCGUUUUCAUUUCCCGCGUAUCGGGUGAUCAGAACGAGGCAUGAAUGAAACAUGGCGCCUAGCUGUCAAUCAUUGAGUGACGUCACUACUAUGGAAUUUACUACAAAAACUCAUGAAUGAAAGAUCGCAUGACUCACGGCUGUUUUCUCGGAGUACAAGUCGGCCAAAUGUUGGGCAACUCCAUCAUUUGUCUUCAAAUUCAACUCCUUCCUUAUCACUUUCCAUAUCGCGAGCGUCUCACGCGAAAUCCAUAGCCGUUGAUCGGCUUUUGAGACCUUUUUUGGUCGCCCCAUUACGCAAACUUUCAAUAUGAUUCUCAAUAAUAACAAAUUGAACUGCACAUGCUCGGGCACUGGGGGCGGAGCUACAAAUCUGAACUCGAACAGGAAGUUGGAAGUUUGACUUUCUCGGGCGGUGAAAGUCGAAAAGUUGGCUAAACCGCUGGGCGGUGUCAGUUCCCUUUAAUUGGUU